AUGGCCUUGUUCACCGGAAUCCUAUCCAGCGAAUGUUCAGUCCACGCGAGAUUUCUUCUCUGCUCGGCAUUUGCACCACUCUGUUCUGAGGACGUGUCGGGCUCAAUCAGCGCCUGUCGAUCUGUCUGCGAGAAGGUCGUCGAAGACUGUAAGGAGCAGAUAAAAACCCUUCCUGCAAACAUCGUGCUGGACUGCUCUGCAUUUCCUCUCAGACCUGAUAGACGAUUGUGUAUGAGACCACCAAAUGCUAGUGAAUUGGAACAAGAACCCCCACCACCUCCACGAUGGCCAUUUCACGAACACGAGCUCCGAGAACACGGCUGCCCUCCAGCCCAUACCAGAGCCCCCACAGGAGAAUGUUGGCCCGCCUGCGGUCAACACGCGCAAUACACAGAAAUUGAUAAACGCACCGCAGAAAUAUCGAUGAGCACACUCGCUUGGUUAUCUCUGCUCUCCACGGCAUUCGCCUUAUUAACCUUCUGCGCUGAACCAUCACGUUUCCGUUACCCAGAGAGACCUGUUGUGUGGAUGGCGGCUUGCCAUGCUAUCGUGGCAUUGGCUCACGUAGCCAGAAGCUGGUUGGGAGCCAAGCUAGUCUCUUGUUCUGGAUCUACGCUAGCUGUAGACGGGUUAGCGUCACCAACGUGUGUUGCAUUCUUCUCACUGACGUACUACUUCACGCUAGCCGCUGAUGCCUGGUUUGCAAAUGCCUGUGUUGCCUGGUACUUGACAGCAGCCAGUGAGUGGUCCACAGAAGCAUUGGAACGCGCAGCAGCGUACUUACAUGCAGUUGCGUGGGGUUGGGCUGGCGCAUGGACGGCAGCGGCUUUAGCUCUACGAAGAGUUACAGCUGAUGAAUUAACUGGAACGUGUGGGAUUUCUGAUGCCGCAGCUGCAGCGCUUAUCGGGGUUCCAAGGGGUGCUUUAUUAGUGACGUCUGUUGCCUUAGCCGUUGGGGCCUGUCCAGGUAUCAUGAGAGUACGAAGAGCAUUAGAUUCAAGAGGGGCCAAGCGUGUUGGAAGAUUAGCAAUACGCGCGGCAGCUGGAGGGUUGUUUUAUUUAUUACUAUCUGGUUUUGCUACCGGAGUCAAAGUCAUUGAAUCUCGAAAUAGAGAAAUACAGAGUAAGCUAGCGCUUUUUGCUGCUUUAGAAGCAGAUGAUAUAGAAGAAACGGCUGGAUCGAAUGGGGUCUCAGUGUGUUUAUGGCUGUCGUGUGCCCCCCCCUUGCUAAGAACUCAUCAUCCGUAUUAUAAACGACCCCUUCAUGUGUCUAGAGUGUAA